AUAGAGUCUUCAUGGUGCAGACGCGUGACGCUCUUUUGUGACUCCACUGGCAUUGCCAAUUCUAUGUGUAUGUAUACAUAGGUAACAGGAAUUACCUCGGCAAGCGAAUUUCUCGGAAAAAAGUGAAUUAAUAAACGAAUCAGUCACUCCCGUACUCGAGACACUACUACACGUCUUCUAAACCGCAAAGCUCGAACAAAGUUAAUUAAAGUGAACAGUUGGGGCAAACAGCAGUUUUUUUUUUUGCCCUGGUGAAAAAUUAAAUAACCUUACUAAUACGACUGUGCGCAGUCUGCCAUAGUGACAAACUCAUUUCCUUUUCCUUUUCAAAAAUCAGUGGAGAGAUAAUAAUUUGUUCGAUCUCUGGUUGGUCUCGUUACACAAUGACUGUCUGGAGCUAAACAAAUCUAGUUUUUGCGGAAUUCUCAUUCUAAUGGAGCAAGAUUAUUGAUGGAAUUUGUAAAAAAGUGUCGUGAAAGUGUUUAAUAGAAUUUUAUUUGUUGAUAAUAACAAUUGGCAGGGGUGAAUUGUUGAAAUCACGAGGUUGGAUUGAAAAAUGACAAACGAAAUUAAACAGCCAGUUAGCAAUCUCGAGACAGAGUAUCUGGAGAUUAAUUCAACAAAUGCAUGGUCGAUUUUCUAUCAGCACAUUCGAGAGGAGUAUGGAAAUUUCAAUUAUACGUGCGAUGAGUCAAAAAAACCGCAGAACAAAAACCUCAAUCGUUAUAGGGAUGUGGCACCUUAUGAUCACUCCAGAAUAAUUCUCCAGAAAGGACCAUAUGAUUACAUCAAUGCUAAUUUACUCAAUGUGGAGCGUGCACACAGACGGUACAUAUUGACUCAGGGACCUCUGCCAAAUACCUCUGGACACUUUUGGCUAAUGGUAUGGGAGCAAAAUUCCAAAGCCAUUGUCAUGCUUAACAAAGUCAUCGAGAAGAGUCAGAUUAAGUGUGAUCAGUACUGGCCACUGGAGACUGUGGAAGAACCAUCGUUGACGUUCGUCGAUGUUAACCUCAAAGUUGAUUUUGUCAACAGAACCCAGUCACUAGAUUACACCACUAGGGUCUUGAGAUUAACUAAUCUCGAUUUAGGCGAUUCGAGGGAAAUUCUUCAUUUUCAUUACACCACAUGGCCGGAUUUUGGAGUGCCAGAGAGUCCAACAUCUUUUCUGCAGUUUCUCAAUGACGUCAGGAGGUCUGGGGUCCUUGAUGAAAAUGUGGGACCACCCAUUGUACAUUGCUCUGCUGGAAUUGGAAGAUCUGGAACAUUUUGUCUCGUCGAUACUUGUCUUAAGCUGAUCGAUGAGAAUGGACUGAAUUCAGUUAACGUUCGUGACCUUCUCCUGGAGAUGAGGCGCUCGAGAAUGGGGUUGAUACAGACCCCAGAUCAGCUGAGAUUUUCGUAUGCUGCCAUCAUCGAGGGCUCCAGAGGGCUACCGUCUAACAACAAUGGCAUAACGACUGAGAACCACGACGACAUUAUGAACAAUAUCCACAAUCUCGUCAAUCAGAAUAAUGUCGAGGAAGAGGAUGACGAUGAACCACCACCACUGCCUCCACCUCGAGGCGAAUCUCUCACCAGGAGCAUUAUAUCAGAUCAACUGAGUAAUGAUUCGUCUCCAGAAAAUGAAAUUGAGCCUCGCCCUCCAAAUAAACCCCUGCCCAUGGAGCCAACGCCGAAAAUAGCAACAUCAAAUUCUCACAAUAAUGAAGAUCAUAGGCCCAACAGCUCAAACUCGAAUAACAAAUUACGUCAUCGUUAUCAGGAUAAGAACGAACGACUGGCUCGUCAGGUGCGGGAUAUUAAACGGAAACAGCAGCAGACUGAAGAGGGGCAGAAAUUGAAGAGGUCAUUAUUCAACCCAGUUACAAUAGGAAUAGAUCAAAAAAUGAAACGACGGAACCCAGUCCUGAUACUGUACACGAGGAGGCAGAAUCGACGAUAUGAAAAUAGACGUUAUUUACUUGGGAUAUAGUAACAAAAACAGAAACACCCACAAUUUAAUGAAUCAAUUUUUCUCUUGCAAAUCACGAAUUGAUAAUAAUUUGGCUCUUUGUUUUAAUACUUGGUGUAUUCGGGAGAAGUAACGAUUGUAUAUUAAUUCAGCAAAGACUAUUUAAUGAAAUUAUCAUCGAUGUUUUUGAUAAGAUUCAAUAAAAGCGCACUAUUUGAUA